CCGCAAGCGAGCGCGACAGCGGCGAGUCCAGUCAAAGCGGGGCACGCAGCGACAAAUUCACCUAAAGCAGCGGGGCGCAGCCUCACCUAAAGCGGCUAAACGGAGCCUCGCGCAGCACCUCAGCGGCGGACCGGCGUGUGGAAGGGGUUGGCUGAAACUGAGUCGUACUGCCAGCGUAUAUGCGUCGCUAUCACGAUUCGCGAGUCGUGCGCGCCUGUAGACAUGCGGCGAAUGCCGUUUCAUCCACGGCACAUUGCACGCGCGAGUACGUUGUUGCGCAAAUGCACCUCAUUCGGGCCACAACUCGCAACUCUUCACAGACACUUGCAUUGCGCAGGUGCACCUCAUGCGGGCCACAACUGGCAGCUCUGCAAGUACACCAGUAAGCAAGGAUGGUCAAUAACAGUCGCCUGAGCGGUGAGACGCAGAAAAAGGUGAGAGCACAACUCGGCAUUGGCCAUGGGCAUCCCCAAUGGUCUUCGAUGUAUUACAUGAUUGACCCGCCUACCGUGGCGAAGUUGAGUAUUGAGCAAGAUACGCAAGCAUGUCGGGACCCGGCCCUGCCUUCCUGGGCGCGGCCCUGCCCGCCGUCUACCCGGACUGCUCUGGCCUCAACGGCGUCAUGGACCAGCUGCUGCACGAGACCGAGUCCGCCUCUGGGACCUUCGGCGAGCCGAAGUACCACCUGAGCAACGCCGGGCCUGCGACCCAGAGCCAGACAGUCGAGGUCGCGGCGCAUGGGGAGGUCGACGAGGCGAACAGCGGGUUCGACAGCAUCUACACGGAGAAGUUGGACUACUGGUGCAACGCCUCUUGCCCGACCGAGGCCCAGUUCUUACACGAGAGCUUGGGGUCCGCUCUCGCCCAGGCGCCGCGGGAUGACGCCUAUGCAUGCUCAUUUUGCUCUGUCCGUAUCGUCAUCUUCCCUUCCUCCUGCCCCCCUCCUCCAAUCCUGAAUUCGGGGAGUUCGGGGGCGGUCGUGGUAAUGGCGCGGCGCCCUCGAGCCUCACGGAGGCAGCGCC